CGGCGCAGAGAUGAACGUCGGGUGAAGUUGCAGCGGGGUUAUUCCGUCGGGUUGCUUUUGAUGGCGGGGCUACUCCGUUUGUUUUAUGAAUGUGGUCGGUGACUCAAACCUGCGAUACUGGCAAUCGACAAGUGCUUGACUUGGGCAUUGAAUCACCUACUGUAACUGGAAAGAAUAAUAUUCCAACCCUUUCACAACACAACUAACCAACCCCCCAUACUUCUUCAUUCCACCACCAUGGCUCCCACCGUGCUUCAUCUCCGGAGCGAGACCAAGCCCCUCGAGCACAGAUCGGCCCUGACACCGACAACAACUGCCGCUCUGAUCAAGGCCGGCUAUGUCGUCAACGUUGAGCGCUCGCCUGUCAGGAUAUUUGAUGAUGCCGAGUUUGAAGCUGCCGGUGCUACCCUGGUGCCCGAGUACAGCUGGGUUGAUGCCCCCAAGGAGCACAUCAUCGUCGGUCUGAAGGAGCUGGAGGAGAAGGAAUUCCCCCUCAAGCAUGUGCAUGUUCAGUUUGCCCACUGCUACAAGCAGCAGGGUGGUUGGGAGACGGUACUGGCUAGAUUCCCCAGGGGCGGCGGUACUCUGCUUGACCUGGAAUUUUUGGUCGAUGAGAAUGGUCGCCGCGUUGCCGCCUUCGGCUUCCACGCUGGUUUCGCUGGUGCUGCCCUUGCCAUUGAAGUAUGGGCAUGGCAGUUGAACCACAGCGAGCCUUUCCCGGGGGUUGAAAGCUAUCCCAACGAGGAUGCGUUGGUGUCCAACGUUAAGAAGGCGCUCGCUUCGGGCGUGGAGAAGUCAGGACGGUUGCCUCGUGUCAUUGUCAUCGGUGCCCUCGGCCGCUGCGGGUCAGGGGCCGUUGACGCUCUGCGCAAGGUCGGCGUCCCUGAAGAGAACAUCCUCAAGUGGGACAUGGCCGAGACCGCACCCGGCGGCCCGUUCAAGGAGAUUACCGACAGCGACAUCUUCGUGAACUGUAUAUAUCUGGCCAAAAAAAUCCCCAAUUUCACCGACUUCAACUCGCUCCAAGCCCCGGACCGCAAGCUCUCCGUCGUCUGCGACGUUUCAGCCGACACCACCUCCCCCUUCAACCCCGUCCCCAUCUACACCGUCGCCACGACCUUCGACAAGCCGACGGUCCCCGUCGACGGCCUGCAGAGCGGCCCGCCGCUGUCGGUCAUCUCGAUCGACCACCUGCCGUCGCUGCUGCCGCGCGAGGCGUCCGAGGCUUUCAGCCACGACCUUCUCCCGUCGCUCCUCGCCCUCAACGACUGGCAAAACACGCCCGUUUGGGCCAGGGCUGACAAGCUGUUCAAGGACAAGGUCGCGACCCUGCCAGCCAGCGCGCUGGAGAAGUGAGCAGCACCAAAAGAACCAGCACAGCUGUCUUAAACUGUCUUUUAGAAUAGACGGUGAUAAAAUCGGAGUCUUGGUUGUGCAAUAGACAAGAGGUUAUGACAAGACAAGUUGCCUGCCUCCUUGCUGUGCUCUGACGACGUCAUGAGUUCCGUUGUUUUCAUUAACAUUGGUCCACAAUAUAAGGAACAUGGGUAUCA